GGAUCCCAUAUUUCAGACCAUCGUAUGCGAACAUCCUCGAAAUAUUAUUUGAUCCCUUCAACGUUUAAAAAAUGAUGGUAGACGAUGAUGACUGGACACGUGUUGAACAUUCGCUCCUUUUCUAUUACCGAUUUAUAACCGUCUGAGUAUGUCCCCCCCCCCCAAACAAAAAAAACAAAGCAUCAGCACAAUAAGAAAGUGAAAUUUUAGCACCGAUUGCAGUACAUAACUGCUCCUCACAAGUCACUCUGAAAGGUGUGUCACCAGACCACGAUAUGAAACAACUUGAGACCUAAGUGGGCGCCGACUUUUAUGUAACCCCCAUCUCCGAGGUUUAUUUCGAAGAUUGCUAUCGCAUUGAUAGGUGGUAAAGAUAUGACCGUAUUGUGGUUUCCAAGUUGGAUAUGCCCAAGUCACUCGAGUUUCUUCGGACAGUUACCCUCGUGAGUCUGUAAGCAAAAUUUCUACAGCACGGUCAUGGAACGUUGGGUAGGUAAACUGGCGAUGGUAACCGGCGCCGCCGAUGGAAUCGGUGCAGCCAUCGCCGAGGCAUUGGUCAAGGGCGGGGUCAACGUACUCGCCCUGGACGUCAAGAUCGUCCGGCUAUUUUCCCUCAGAGAGAGACUCAGGCUUGCUCGAGGAAAGCUCUACCCCAAACAGUGCGACGUAACUAAGUUGGAAGAGAUCGAGGCUGCCUUCAAGUUUGCAAAGGAGACAGCGGGCGGUGUUGAUAUUCUGAUAAACAACGCUGGAGUCACCCAUCUCUCAAACAUCACUGAUGGCGACACCGAAGGUUUCCUGAAGGUCCUUCAGACGAACGUCCUGGCCGUAGCUCUGUUCACCAAGGAGGCAGUCAGAUCGAUGCGUGACCGUCAAGUCGAUGGGCACAUCAUCAAUAUUAACAGUAUCUUCGGUCAUCAAGUCGUCGGCAUCAAUCGAGGCUUGUACGCGCCCAGCAAGUUCGCAGUCACUGCCAUGACAGAGACGGUCCGUCGAGAGUUGAUUGGUAUUAAAAGUGGAAUUAAAAUUACGAGCAUCAGCCCGGGUGCCGUAAAUUCGGAAAUCCUGGACGCAGCAGCUGCCGAAGCAAACGUUCCGGUAUCGAAAAAGGACGUUCCACGACUGGAGCCCUCGGAUGUCGCAGAUGCCGCAAUUUACAUUCUGUCAACUCCACCCAACGUUCACAUCACGGAAUUCACACUCCGACCCCUUGGGGAAACUCUCUGAGGCAUGAAAUGUACCCAACAAUGCCGGCACUCUGGGGCAUUCUGGCACACCGAAACCGUAAUUCGAUUGCUUGAUUAGACACGUGAUAUCGUGUGUGGAACACCCUGGUUGAGUAUAAUUUUAUGGAAAGGAUCAUCAAUCUGCCAAUCCUCAAUUGCGAUAACUACACCUAGUAUUUACAGUGCACUCGUUUGUUACGCACCGCAAAUAAAAGAAACGAAACGUUA